CAUUGCUAUGGAGGUGAUCUAAGCCUUUCUUUUAUUUUCAGGGAUAUAAAGGAGAUAAGGAGAAUUUGGAUAGAUGUGAACAGGUUCCGCGUUGAGAAGCUAAACUCAAGGUUUUCUCUUAUAAGUUACAGUUUAGUACACAGGUUUUCACAUCUUAGUAAGAGCCUAUGCUAUGUGUUUUUGUCAGUAGAACAGAACAGCCCAGAGCUUGUUGCUGCAGACAAGUAUAUAAAGGCUUGGUUCAGUGAUGUGUAUGGGAGCAAUGGUGGGUGCCUAUAUUCUUACACUAUUUUCGCCUUUUCGAUAAAAUAUAGUAAAAGGGUAAGUGGUUUGAUACUUGUUUCCCCUAUAUGCAGAGCAGCUUCUUGGAAUGAACGGUUUUACAAUAAGUUGAUGUCGAAAUUGCUUCAAUAUUGCGGUAUGUGUGACAUGUUAAAGGAGUUAUUGAUUCACAGAUACUUCAGUAAGGCGGUCUGUGGUAGUCUAAAAGUCCCAGAAUCAGAAAUCGUUCGAGCAUGCAGGAAGAUUGAAAAGUUGAAAUUGGUUAUCAAGGAGUUCUUUAAGGAAAAGGAUGAAGAAAAAGAAAGAUUAAAUGGAAUUAAUGUUGGGUUCUUUGUUGUAAAUGAAAAAGAUAAAGGUGGAUAAAGAUACCAUGCUCAAUAGGAUGUCAUAAGUUGAAACGAUCACGGUUCGAAAAUAUGCUAUAAACACUUGGUUUUGAGUGUUUUGAUGUUUAUUGUAUUAGGAUGGUUUUGAAACAGAGAUGUUCUAUAUACAUUUUUCGGUUUUGUAGUUUUAUUGAGUGUUUUAUAUAAUUGUAAUUUUAUUGAAA